GUGCCGUGGCAAAUUCUUUAUAAGGAGUGAUAGCAUUAAGUUGCGAUCUAACCUCCACGAUUGUUGCUCUCCCCAAGUCUAUUAAAGCGUGGUACUGUGUCCCAAUUGGGAAUUGGGACAGAAAUCCACUGGGCGGAAGAAGAAGAAGAAAAAGAAGUAGUGAUAGCGCCAAAGGGAACGCAGCCCUGUUACAAGUAGUGAACGAUGAGGCUUGUAGGGAGGUUAUUUUACUUGUUCUUCGUGUUUGCCGGCUCAAAUGCCGGCGGCCCGAUUCUAGUUUUGCUUGACAAUCUCGCUAUCAAGGAAACACAUUCGAUAUUCUUCAAGAUGUUGCAGGAUAGUGGUUACGCAUUAACUUUCAAGUCAGCUGAUGACGCAACUUUGCAACUCUCUAAAUAUGGCGAGUAUUUAUAUGAACAUCUGAUCAUAUUUGCACCGACUGUGGAAGAAUUUGGCGGUGCUCUAAAUGUAGAUGCAAUAACGGAGUUUAUAGACGGCGGCGGAAAUGUUCUGCUUGCUGGCUCCUCGCAAUCCGGCGACGCUGUACACGAAUUGGCUUCGGAAUGUGGCUUAGAAGUAGACGAGGAGGGUUCCACUGUGAUCGAUCAUAUGAAUUAUGACGUUUCUGAUAAUGGCCAGCAUACCACUGUAGUGGCAGAUCCGGCGAAUCUAAUAGAUGCUUCAGUUAUUGUUGGAAACAAAGACAUUCCCCCAUUACUAUAUCAGGGAACUGGAUUGAUCGCAGAUACAGAUAAUCCUUUAAUUUUACGCUUAUUGUCAGCAUCUACUUCGGCAUAUACCUAUUAUCCAGAUCAACCAGUCAAAGAAUAUCCGCAUGGUGUUGGUAAAAAUACUUUACUAAUAGCGGCUCUACAAGCAAGAAAUAAUGCUCGAGUUCUCUUCUCGGGUUCACUAUUUUUCUUUAGUGAUGAAGCAUUUACCAGCUCUGUUCAAAAAGGACAAGGUGGUCAGAGAUACGAGAAGUCUGGUAAUCAAAUGGUGGCCAAGGCCAUGGCGCAAUGGGUGUUUAAGGAAAACGGCGUCAUACGCGUAUCAUCCGUUCAUCAUCAUCGGGUCGGAGAAACACAGCCGCCGGCUGCGUAUACGAUUAUGGACAAUGUUGUGUACUCAAUUGAGAUUGAGUGGCUGUCUCAUGGCAAGUGGGUGCCCUACGAGACAAACGAUUUGCAGCUGGAGUUUGUGCGAAUCGAUCCGUUCGUGCGUAUGACUAUGAAACCAGUAGGAAAUGGCCGUUACGAGGGCAGGUUUAAGAUCCCUGACGUAUAUGGAGUAUACCAAUUCAAGGUGGAUUAUACACGUAUCGGGCUAACGCAUCUUUAUAGUACCACACAGGUCUCUGUACGCCCGCUGCAGCAUACGCAAUACGAGCGCUUUAUACCGAGCGCUUUUCCCUACUACAUCAGUGCGUUUUCUAUGAUGGCCGGUGUGUUCCUUUUCUCUCUUGUGCUAUUACAUUACAAAGAAGAUACAAAACCGAAAUCCGAAUAACGUUCCGACGUUUACGAAUGUUGUUUGAUUUUGUGUUCUUUUUUAAAGAUGGCAGUAUCAUUUUUUUGUUUUUCAAUAAGUGUGAUAUAAGAGAACUCAAAAGUAAAGAAAUAAAUUUUUAAUAUUUAAUAUUUAACGUUACAUUAUACAUUUUUGUGCAUGUGAUUUCCAGUAAUUCAUUGCUGAUUAAUAGAGCAUUCUAGACAACGUAAUGUUACCUAAAAAAUUGCAUUCCUACUUAUAAAAUACGUACUUAUAAGAUUUUAUAAAGGUUUUUUAAAUUAAAAAAAAUCAAGGAUAGAGUUUCAUGCAGUUUAUGUUUACGUUUUAUCCCACAUUUUUUCAAGAAAUAGAGCACUGUAUAUAAACCAUUGUAGCAGAUUGUAUGUAAGAUUGUAUUAAGAGAUAUUUGGAACAAAUAAACGAUGAAAAUUA